ACUCCAGGAGACAUGGCCAAGUUUGCCCUGAACCAGAACCUGUCUGACCUGGGCGGCCCUCGCCCAUGCCCCUGCCCGACAGGUGGGGCCCGUAGCCCGAGCUCGCCGUAUGCAGUGGAGACGCCCUAUGGCUUCCACUUGGACCUGGACUUCCUUAAAUACGUGGAGGAGCUGGAGCGUGGUUCCAUCGCCCGUCGCGUACCAGGAGCCCAGCAGGCACGCCAUCUCCGUGUUCCCCGGACCGGCCUCUCGGGCGCGCACAGCCCUGAGCUCUGGACAUCCACAGAGUCCCUGGUCAGUGACGACGGGGGAGCUUCGGGCUCACUUUCCCCGAGUGUGCCCUCGUGGUUCCUGCCGCCUCUGUCACCUCGCGCGCCUGUGCGCAACCCGCGUGUCCAGGACACAUUGUUGGAGACUAGCAGGCGGCUGGAACUAGCGCAAGCGCUCAAGCCCGAGUUCAGUCCAAGUGGUUCAAGCCUUAGCAGCCCAGUCCCAAUCUCCGCCCCCAACCCCGCCCUGGCCUCGCCCGGCCCAGUGCAACUGCAGCUUGUGCGUGAACAAAUGGCCUCAGCAUUGCAGCGUCUGCGCGAGCUCGAGGACCAGGCGCGCGCUUUACCGGAGCUGCAGGAGCAGGUGCGUGUGUUGCGAGCGGAGAAGGAGAGGCUGCUGGCUGUGCGCAGGCAGCGGGAACCCAACAAAGAGGUCGAAGCGUGCCCGGACAAGCUCGCACAGCUGCGCCGGCUCACCGAACGCCUAGCCACCUCUGAGCGCGGCUUGCGGGCCAGGACGGGCCCCCAGGUGGACGGCCCUGAAGAGGAAGCUCGGUGGCACAGAAAGGACGCACUCCAGUCCCUCGACGGGGCAGCGGGGAGCCCCGACAGGUCACCCCAGGCACGGGAUCCUGGAACCCAGGCCGUGCUGGGGACCCAAGAGGCGGGAACCCAGGCAGUGCCAGAGACCCAGGAAGCCAGUGUGGAGGCAACCCCCAAGACCCUUGAGGCGGACUCAUGGGUUACCGAGGCAUUGCUGGGGCUGCCCCCUGCAGCUGAGCGUGAGCUUGAGCUGCUGCGCACCAGCCUGGAGCACCAGUGUGGGGUGAGCGAGCUCCUGCGGAGGCAGCUGGGAGAACUGGCCUGCAAGGAUGCGAAGGAGGCAGCGGCUGGGUCUCAGCUGCAUGAGGCUGCCACCCAGACCCCAUGGGAUUGUGUUGAGAAGGCCACGCAGACCGAUCCUCCCACAGAGGCCCCUUUUCUGAUGCAGAACACACCUGUACUCACAGAUGCAGACAGGGCCAUUGUGCCCACUGGCAUCCUUAAAUCCAUCAUGAAAAGGAGAGAUGGCACCCAACCCAGCCCUGGACCGAAAAGCCUGCAGUUUGUUGGAGUCCCCAACGGAGAGUACGAGAGUUCAUCCAGCGAGGAAGACAGUGACAGCGAGGAUGGUGCUGCUGAACCCCCGGGGAGAAACUCCUUUGGCUCUGGGGAUGACAGCAGCCAGGGAUCCGACUCUGGCACCUCUGGCCCUCCCAGUGGUGGGGUUGCCCCGGAGCCUGAGCCGGACUCGGAGACAGAGCCUCUGCUGGGUGCACAGGGGAGGUGCGAACUGAGCCCACGAUUGAGGGAGGCGUGCCUUGCGCUGCAGCGACAGCUGAGCCAGCGGCAUGGAGUCCCCUGCGAUGGUGGCGCAGCGCAUCUGGUGGCCAUGGAGUGGUUUCGAGUGUCUAGCCAACGACGUUCACAGGCAGAGCCUGUAGCCCAGGUCCUGGGCGCUGUGGCGCGCCUAGGACCGGAGCUGCUGGCACAUGUGGUGAACUUGGCAGAUGGCAACGGAAACACAGCCCUGCACUACAGCGUUUCCCAUGGGAACCUGGCCAUUUCCAGCUUGCUGCUGGAUACUGGGGUCUGCAAGGUUGACCUUCAGAAUCGAGCAGGCUACUCAGCUCUCAUGUUGGCUGCACUUGCCUCCGUGGGGCACAAGGACAUGGCUGUGGUCCAGAGACUCUUCCACAUGGGCAACGUCAAUGCUAAGGCCAGCCAGACAGGGCAGACAGCCCUCAUGCUGGCCAUCAGCCAUGGCCGACAGGACAUGGUGGCGGCCCUGCUGGCAUGUGGGGCAGACGUCAAUGUGCAAGAUGUGGAUGGGGCCACAGCGCUGAUGUGUGCCAGUGAGUACGGGCACCUGGAAACCGUCCAGUUGUUGCUGGCCCAGCCAGGCUGCGACCCUGCUCUCCUGGAUAAUGAGGGCACCAGUGCCCUGGCCAUGGCCCUGGAGGCUGAGCAGGAUGAGGUGGCCACUCUGCUACAUGCCCACCUGAGCUCGGGCCAGCCUGGUUCCCUGUCACCCCUGGACUCUCCCACUGCCAUGCCUGGUGUAAGUGAAGGCAGUGACAAUGGAGAAGACCCCCAGACUCAGUGAGUGGCCUCGCACAGUGAACGUGGAUGGGGAGGGGAGAAGAAGCGGCCAGGGUUUGCUGUCCAGUUGCUAGACCUGGUCCAACGUUCUUCCCUAAUAAAACAUUUUUAGCUAAA